AGGCAUUAUUAUUUGCAGGUCGUUCAGCAUCCUCAAAAGGCUGCCGAGUUUGGGCCCUCGAGCCUCUCGCGCUUGCCGCUCGCUCCGCCGCCGGUGGUCCAGCUCAUCGUCCGGGACAACACGGGCAAUCCCAUUGACGAUGAAGCGGAGAUCCCGUUCCUCGUCGCGCACCUUUCGAUCUUCUCCGCAGACGGAAGCCGGCAGCUGGAUACGACGCCCGGACCCGGCGGCGAACGCCUCCUGUACGGCAACCUCGUCUCGUCCCCGCACCGCCUGCGCGACCUCCAGGGCAAGCACGGCAUCUUCUUCCUCUUCCCUGACGUCAGCGUCCGCGAGCGCGGGAGCUACCAGCUCGGAGUCACGCUCAUGAGCGUCGCGAGGUCGGUCCAUCCUCGCUGUUACUCCCCUCCCCUCCGCUUCCUCGGCAGAAGGUUGGGAGGGAGGGGGGGCGACCGUGUGCCCCUGCACUCCGCACGCGGCUGA